CCUAAAAAUCACAUGAUCACCUGGACUCAGAACCACAGCUGAACAAGCCGAAAACAAGCGGUUUCCUAGUUUCUACAUCCAAUCAUGUCCAAUCUACCGUUGUUUCGUGACCCAUGGGCGAAGAGGGAAGCGUGGCGGAAACAUCCUGUGUUCACGAACCGUGCCAUGUUUUCUAGCAUGUUUCCAGGGCUUGGCAUCGCACUAGUAGCAUUUACUGCGUAUGUGGUUGUUGAUAAUUUCUACUCCAAAGCGCAGCCAGGGGCACAGCAGAAGCACUAAGUUGGUUCAGGUGAUGUUGAUAGAGAGGAAUUUACUGGUGCUCCUUGCAUCCUAUCAGCUAGUUGAGUCCGUGCUCGGUAGCAUAACAUCACCACAUUGCACACAAAACGUUGCAUCUUCGCGCCAUUGCCACGCAGCGGGGUUA